UGGACGGGGACACCCGGGGGUACGGUCCCCAUGGACAGCCCCAGUGGGGGGCACAGCGGUGACAGUGGCGGGUGGCACUGGGGUACUGUCAGCCCCACCAGUGUCGCCCCUCUGUGUCACCCCGGGGUGACACGGCAGCCAGGGUCACCUCCCGGGCCGGGCUCUCAUUUCGGGGGGUCCCUCUCCUCUGAAGCCCCCUGUGACACCCUGUGCCCACCCAGUCAUGUGCUGGGGACACGCCACCAGUCCCCAUCCUGGGGGGACAAUAAAUGCACCUACCUUAGGGGUGAGGGGAGCUUGGGAGAGGUGCCAGGUGAGGGGACACAGUGGUGGCGUUGCGGUGUCACCGCUUGAGAUGUGGCUUGUUCUGGGGACACCGUGGUGGCUGUGGGGUGUCACCUCUGGGAGCAUUCAAUGCUGGGGACACUGCGGUGGCUGUGGGGUGUCAUCUCUGCACUCGGGGCCUCGGUGGUGGCCCCGGGGCGCUGUUGGGGACCUGUCCGGUGGCCGUGGCUGUUUCCUGCCAUUAAUCACCGCUAAUUGGCUUUGCCCCGGCGGGCCCGCGGCGGGGGGAGCCGGGGGGUCACGGGGGGUGUAAGAGGAUUUCCCGGCUCCUUCCUCGGGCUCUGCCAUCCCGGGGUCCCGCUCCGUGCCCGCCCGCCGCCCACCCGGCCCCGGCCCCAUGCCACGCUCCCGCGGGGACAAGGGGACCCCCAAGGACAACAGGGACACGGAGCCCCCGCCGAAGGGGAAAGGGGGGCACGAGGAGGGGGACAAAGCCCCCAAAGUCCCCGAGGACGCCGGCGCCCCGGCCCCCAAGAGCUCCGGCUCCGAGUCCCGGCACGGCGGGCACGGGCAGAAGGGAGGGAAGAAGGGGCCCGUGGACCCCCACGCUGCCGCCAUCAAGACCUACUCCCCCUUCCUCAACACCGUCUUCGGCAAGGAGCGGGAGCUGUCACCGGAGGAGCUGGAUGAGCUGCUGGACGCCUUCAAGGAGUUUGACACGGACCAGGAUGGCUACAUCAGCUACAAGGACCUGGGCGCCUGCAUGCGCACGCUGGGCUACAUGCCCACCGAGAUGGAGCUCAUCGAGAUCUCCCAGCACAUCAAGAUGAGGAUGGGCGGGCGUGUGGACUUCGAGGACUUUGUGCAGAUGAUGGGCCCGAAGCUGCGGGAAGAGACGGCGCACAUGGUGGGCGUGAGGGAGCUCAAGAUCGCCUUCCGUGAGUUCGACAUGAACGGGGAUGGGGAGAUCAGCACGGCCGAGAUGCGCGAGGCCAUCGCGGCGCUGCUCGGGGAGCAGCUGAAGGCGCAGGAGGUGGACGAGAUCCUUCAGGACGUGGAUCUCAACGGGGACGGCCAUGUGGAUUUCGAUGAGUUCGUGAUGAUGCUGUCGUCCCGGUAACGGAGACACCGGGCAGGAGGGGACCCCCGGAUGACCCCUCAGCCCCUCUCAGCCCCUCCGUGCCCGACCGAGCACUCUGCCAGCAUCGGGGAUCAGAGGGAACAGCUAGAGCGGAGCAUCUGGCAGUGGGGCAGAGGCGACACCCCCGAUCCCAAGAGACAGCCCCGUCCCCAAGAGCCACCGGCGGUGGCGGCAGAGCCGGUGGAGGCCGGGCCCCAAUAAACCCCUGUGACCGGA